AUGUGCAGAGAACAACGUAAGGUCUGGUACCAGUGCCGCCACGAGCUCGUCUUCAAGUACUAUUGCAGAAACGCCAGACGCACAGGCGUGGCUUGUCCAGCAAACGAAUGGCAGUACGAGAAGCUGGAAUUCUUUGGAGGUACCAACAUCCCUUGCGAGCAUCCAGACUGUGUGAGAUGGAACAGACGUCUAGCAGAGAUGCGCCAGGAGGCUUUAGAGAGAAACAUCGCAGACGCUAUGCAUCGUCGCAUUGAUUGA